AUGGAAAAAGAAGUGAUGACAACUCAAACGAUAAAACCUAAAACAUUAACAUUAUUAGAACUUUGUCAAAGUAUAACAAAUCUUCGUUCUUCUACUAAUAAAAUGUCUCUAUCGCCAAAUACAUCUCAUAUUCUAACUCGUCGGCUCUAUUUACAUCCAUUAUCAAAAUCGAAAUCAUCUUCAUUGGCCGAUAUUGAAACAAGACAACAUCUUAAUCUCGAAAAGAAAAAAUUAACAAGAGAUCGAACACAUGCAUCACAUCGUGGUUUAGCCAUUCUUAGUUCACGUUUACCAUUAAAAACUCGACAAACAACUGUUUUAAAUAAUUUAUCAAACGAAAGUCAUCAUCGGCAAAUAAAACAUCGUUUGGCAACAGAUUUAGACAUAAUACGUAAUGAAUCUGUUCAAUUCGAAGAUGAUGAUGAGUACGAUUAUUUGAGUACACCAGCAUCAUCAUCAACAAUAAUCACAACUUCUCAUUCAUCUAAAUCGGAUAAAUGGAUGAAAUUUAAUAUAUGGCAACAUAUCGAUACUGUAUUACAACGUCCAAGUCCAAAACAACCACCAUCAACGCCGUUAGAUAUGUUAUCGGAUUAUUAUAUUCAAGGACAAUCGUCUCUCAAAAACAGCAUGGCUACACGUCAUUCUCUAAGAGAUAAAACAAUUGAUGAGAGUGAAGAAUUUUUUUAUUAG